AUGCGGCGCAAUUUCGAUGAGCACUGGUUCAGCAACGAUCAUUUCUUCGAAUGGCUUCAUCUUGUGCGUGGUACGAAGGCGAUAAUAGCCUCUGUCAACAGUGUUCUCAAGUCCGGGCCGCUCGCGCCUAUGUUUACCCUGGGAGGGCGCAAGAGUCGCGCCCGGGAAGUCAGGUCCACCGAUAAUCAGCCAUUUAUGGAAAACCUGCGGCAAUUGCUUACAGAGUCUGUGAAAGACCCGAACGAGUUACGCUGUUAUCAAGAAGCGCUCGAUGACCUCGCUAAGUCCUUUGCCGCCGUUUUUGAUACUCAGAGCAUAGAGACGGCAGAUGUCUUCAUAUGGCUUUAUCAAAUUUCAGAUGAAUACUUGAAUUUGCUACGCAACCGUACCCCCGAGGCACUGGUUAUUUUUGGCUACUUCACUGUCAUUACGAAAGAGUUGGAAUGGGCUUGGUGGUUGCAAGGUUUCAGUGUUCAUUUAAUGCGCGCCAUAUACAAUCAUCUCGAUCAGGAGCAUCGCUACUGGCUGCAAUGGCCUAUACAGCAGUUGGGAUGGGUUUUUUGA